GGCAGCAGCAGAAGAAGAAACACCGGAAGUAUCAGUAGCUGCUUAUGAGCUGAAAAUGGCGUCGGGUGUGGAUCAAGCAGCUGGUAUGAGCCUGGUGGUCUUCAGCCUCCUGUUGUUCACAUACUACUCAGUCUGGGUCGUUGUGUUGCCGUUCGUGGACAGUGACCACGUACUGCACAAGUACUUCCUGCCUCGGGAGUACUCGGUGAUCCUGCCCGGGGUGGCAGCGGUGGUGCUGCUCCUCUGUGUCGGAGCCUUCACUGCUGUGAUCAUGUGGAAGAACCGCAAACCAAAGAAAGUGGACUGACCUCAACAUUCGGUGACUGCUGUCGGGCGAAUUAAAGCGGGUGCCACCAAACGCCACUGCCAGCAAUUACCAGUCCUCCCCCUGAGCUGCUUCCCCGUUUAGUUGAUUUCGCAGAAGGAUGAUAGUUGAGUUUGGUUUAGCGCGGUGUGAAUCCGUCGGCAGCGGCUCUGGAUCUGCUCCUCUUUGCACCGACAGAGCCGACGGUCGCAGCGUGUUUCGUUACUGGAGGAUAAUUAACUGGAUAAAGGCGGGUGGGUCCACAGCAGGAGCACAAAGAGAAACAUUCCUUCAUUUCCACUUUUCAUUCCACACAGAAGCAGAAGGGAAAAAGGCCCACCGGCCAGUUACAGUCUGUCCACAUGAGAGCAGAGAACAUCUUUAAGAAACUUGUUUUGAACGCAGGUCUUCACGUCAGUUUUCUUUAAUUUGGAAUGACUUAUAUGCAGUUUCUAUGUUGAGGGAACAGCAAGUGAAGGAAAUUGGAAUCAAUACUGUAUAUAAUGUGACUAAUAUUGUAUGGAAAUCCUAUUUUUCUGGUUUAAACAGAGCGUGUCAGCACUUUGUCUGCGUUAUCGCUGAAAACAGGGCCGGUGCUGCUUUGUGUUUGAUGAGCAAUAAAGGCUAAAACGUGC